GAUUGGUCUACCGCGUACAGCAUCGUACUGUCGCAAAUGGAACGUAGGCGGGCAAUACACAGAGUGACGCAAAUCUGACCCGGAACUGAAAAUAGAAUGACAAGAGACUUGUUUGCAUGGUUCAGAGUCCACUCCUUUUUUCCCAAGCCGAUAACUUUGUUAUUCGUUCACUUUCGGCUUCACAACUUGGCAGACUGCUGACAUUCACACACAGCAACAUUACACACUGCAUGAAAAGUCAUUUUAAGGACAUUGUAAUAGUUACUCUUUAAAAUAUUUUUUUAAAUGUACGUUUUUGUUCAAAGGGCGUUUUGACUUGCAUCAGCCACUAUAUGUAUGUCAAACGUGCCAGCAUCAGUGGACCCCUGACUUGAAGGACCUCCUUAGGAGUGGAUAUUGGCCUGCCUCUGUCAACAGUUCAACACUUUAUACACUGGACCUUCUGAGCUCCUUUCAAGAACUCAAGGUCAUAUCUCCAGGAUUCUCCAGACAAGCUCCUGUUGGAGCAUCGCACUAAGAUUGGAGGAAGAUCUGGACAAAUCAAAGGCGAUACACUACAGCGCAGCUUCUUAGAGUUUUCAUAUGCUUCAUUUGAGGAAAUCCAGCUCUGCUGUGGUGCUCCUUUCACCUGCCCAGCCUGCACGCUGGAAAUGUUGGCUGUUUCAGCUGAUGGAAACAGAAAGCUACUGUAUAUCGUUUUCGCCGAGACACAAGCUCUAAUGAUCGUGCCUUUUUUGAGGGGCUCUUUGUGGCUGAAGACGGUGCGGUGUCUAGAUUUGUGGAAACCAUACAGAAAGCAGUGAGAAAUACACAGGGAAAAGGCACAUGUGGGGACUCCCAGUGGACAGCAGCAAGGGAGACAUCAAGGAGGGCUUCCAAAUUAGAUGAAGAAGGGAUGGAGGUUGCAGUGUGUCGCCACGGAUUCCUUCUGAAAGCUCUUAAUAUGUACAGGGGGGAGAUAUUUGCCUACCCUCUGUAUCUUCAGAAGGAGCUCAUGCCAGCCAAGGCGCAAUUCUUUGCAAUGGAUGUGGCUUGCAAAUAUUGGCCAUACUUGGAGAAAGCUGCUAGUGUCCUUCCUGCUCUUCAGGAUCUAACCAAAAUGAAACCUUUCCUCAGUGUGAUGCAUGCUCGAGCCCAUGCUACUAAGUGUGAAAUUAAAUGGAGUGGUAGGAACAAGGAAGGAGCAGGGACAACCGCCGGUGAGGAGGUCGAGCAAGUGAACAGCUACCUCUCACGUUGUGCCCUGACAACCAAAUAUAUGUCCAAAGCAGAGACACCAGAUACAUCUCAUGCCAGUCAAGGCACCACACACAGAGGACUUCAGCAGUCAAUUGAGGGGCUUUACCUUAGUGUGAGGCAGCGGAAGCAAACCCUUUACCGUCAGAAUGGUAUAACUACAGAAUAUAAUAGAUUGAUUGAUAUAUUCAAGCCACUGUAUGCAUCCUACUCCACCAAAAAUACAUGUUACAUGUACAAGGUUCUAGAUUGCAACCAACUCCCCUCACCUCUCCCUUUCCAAGCUAUAGUAGAACUACUGUGGCAGACGAGAAAAAACAGCAGCAAGCUUCGCCACCGCCUUCGAAGGAAGCUGGCAGAAGACAAAAAGCUCCUUCUUCAUGAGAUAGAGAAAUACAAUGGUCUUGUACUAGACUCUGCCACUAACAUUGAUGUAGCUGUGGUGGAGCAUUCACUGACUGGAGAGAGCACUGUGUCUCAAAUAUGGCCGUGGGAGGUUCAUGCAAGUGCAAAUAUUUCAAUGAAGAAACAACUGCAUGACCAAGUCAUGUUGACAAUGCGACUGCAAGAGGAAAAAAGCAUUUUGGUGUUGGAGAUGGCACAACACUGCACAUGGUUGCAGAGCCUGGCAUUGGUUCUGAAGAACAAGAUAGCUGAGGAGGACAAGGGAAAUGAGGGACGUUUCUGUGUCUUAAGAAGAAGACUGUCAGAGGUGUCAGAAAGGUUGCAAGUGGUCCUCCAACAGUACAAGACUGCUCUAGGCCCUGAGGCCUCUGCCCUUCUACAUGUUGAAGCAGAAGAUCAAAGUGGCCUCAGUAGUCCAGACACCAGUGAGGAUGAAGAAGAAAACACAAUUUAGAUGGAAGCUGCACAAAGGAUUGUGUUGAAGGAAAUGGACUUGCCCAGUAUCUGUGUAUUUUUAGGAUGCUGAUUGAUUUACCACAUCAUAUGCAAGUUAAACCUGUCUGUAGAUUGGCCAAGCAAUUCAGUAAGCACAUGAAUGCACUUGAAGAUGCUCAAACCUCUUAGUAUAGGUGCACAAAUCUCAGCCAAAAAUGUUAAAUUUGCACAUACCAUAUGUACCACAUAUUUUUACUUAAUAUGCAAUAUUUUAACACGCAUUUGUAAAUGUGAACUGGUAGACAGCAGUAGACUCAUGCUAAUGCUUUAUAAAAUUCCAAACAAUUAAUUUAUAUAAAUAAAUAAUAAAAAUAAAUAAAUGGAUAUGUUAUGUUAUUAUAUUAAUAUAAAUGAUUGAUAAUAAUUGUUUAAAUUAAUAUGAUAUUUUUGACUUGUCUCCAUUCUUAAAAGAAGUUGAAAUAUGAAGUUUUUCUUUUAUAAAACUGUUUUUGUGAAAAUCUUGCCUGAACUGAACUUGCUCUUUUCACAGUAAAACAUGUAUUUUUUACAUUCACUCAUGGUAUACGUUUUGUUUGAAGGCCUUAAAAACUCUUUAAAAGUCUUAAAUAAAAAAUCCUGCAGAUACUGUUAUAAGCACAUUGUACAUUACACUUACAUUAAGUACAUGUGUAAUGCAUUAGAUAUUAUGUAACAGAACUUUAUGUUGCAUGCUAUUACAGUUGACAAAUAACUUGAUUCCCAGUAGUAUAUAUAGGGGACAUA